UUUGAAAAACGUAAACAAAUCAACGUCAAAGCUGAAGCGAACAUUUUUAAUAAGCCGUGAGCUUAAAAAUAGAUAAAGAACCUUAAGCCUAAAGGGCAACAAGUUUCAACAGCUAGUUAGAGAAGCCUAGACAGAACUGCCUGGAGCCCUAAAAAGGCAAAGCACAACGAACGUCGACUAAGCAGGCAAAACUGCGAUUGAGAAAGUCAGGCUCGGGAUCACUAAAAAAGAAUGAGAGGACGAAAGAGAAAGCAAAGCGUAAAGGCGGAGGAAGAACCCAAAGAGGAAACAACAGAUGUUCAAGAAUCGCAAAGCACCAAAAUUGUUCCAAGUUUCGGUAAAAGGAAGAAAGUUUCCAAUGUGAAAACGAAAAGUGCCAAAACCGAUGUCUUGGAACCAAGUACACAAACGACUGUAGAAGUCCAUAGAGAAGAGUCUGAACCAGCAGGGGUACCACAGCAAGCUAGCUCCAAAGAAAAUAAGAAUGAAUCUACAAAAGCCUUCCACGGUACAAAUGAUAUUGAAGGUGAAUCAAACCCAGGGAUCUCAUCAGACGCAAAAGGCCUAAACGACCAAGGAAUUGAAAAUUCGUCAAAUGAGUCCAAAAGACAUGGAGGAACCGAAAAAGAAGCGAUGAUAGUUCCUGAAAAUGAUGCAGCUAAAAUUCAGGCAGUCCUUAAAACAAAAGAAAGGGAAAUUGUUCAGAUACCAAGCUCAAGUCAGACGUCUGUUCCAGUCAGGAAUAUUCGCUCACUUCAAUUUGAUCCUUCUGGCGAUGCUAAACCUUAUGCAAUCAUCACGAAAGACACCCAAAACAGAACGGAAAUCUUUGAUGAAAAUAAUAUGCUCACAAGUAAAGAAGACACAAAUGAACAGCCCCAAAAGUCUGUGGUAAAUAGCACUACAACAUCGACUGAGUUGCAAAAGAAUGCUAAUGAAAACGCAGACGUAGCAGUCUUUAUAAAAACAGCUCCGACCAAAUUCGACAUCCCUGAUGAAAUUGGAGCAAUCGUAACAAAUACAGCUCCGACCAAUGACCAUAGCACUAAUGAAAACGCAGUCGCAACAAACACAGCUCAGACCAAAGUCGAUGGAGCUGAUGAAAACGCAGUAAAAACAAAUGCUGCUCCGACUAAAUACCACGCCGACCAAUCUGAUGCGUCUCCGACCUUAAGAGAUCUGUCGUACGACGAAGAGAGUCAAGAAAGCGUCGUCGAAAUCCACAAAUUGCUGGAUUAUCAUUUCGAAAAUUUCCCAAAAUUAGCAGACACCAAACCGCCACUUUUCGGAUUCACCAACGACUGUGCAGACGCGAGUUCAGGCUUCAUUCAAAAUAGAAUCGUCCAGAAUAAGAUCUUAGAGUCUGAUGAGUCAUCAAAUUCUCAUAUAACAGACGACAAAUGUUUGGAUGUCGGUAAGGAAUCUACAAAAGAGACAGCAGCCGACACUACAGCGGAGUUGCAGAAGCCAAACGAAUUGAAAAAGGGAAAAGUUCAAUGCUCCAAAGACCGUCCAUGCCAAACAGCUUCAGCUUUACCUACUACUCCAGAGUCGUUCUUGCCCCCCACUCAAGGAUUUGGUAUCCAUGGAAUAGACUUCCCGAUCGCUGCCACCCAGAAUUUCAACAUCUCCUACUCGCCGCUGAUGUCCAUCUCUCCGGAUAGCUCCAAUCCAGACUCUCCCUCGUCAUUUCCGGACAAAGAUGCUCCUAUGGGGCCUACCCUUUGCUCCCAUUCCGUUCAAGAGACACACGAAACUCUUUUAAAUGUAAAGUCGAAUAUUGGGUUGGAAUCACAAAGCAAUAUUACUCUUCAAAACCAGGAAAAUGCAGUAAAUCCGAAAAUAGAGUCAGUGAAUCGGAGCAGCUUAGACGGCAUGGAUAAUGUGAGACAACCUUCGAGAAACGACGAGAUCAAGACCGACACUACCAGAAAUUCAGCCACUCCCGAUGAACAACGUUUCUCUGAUAAACAAGAGAUGCCUCUAUCCGAAAGUUCCUCUGAGACAAAGCUGCAGAUGUCUUUUCCCAUUCGACCAUCAACAUCCAAGAACGACAUGUUGAAACAGGUCUAUCUCGUCCAAAACAAGGAUCAUUCAUCUGUGGAUAAUUCCUUUGAGGACGAAGUCAUAAAUAUGGAAGACGAUUUUGGAGUAUCUGAUUCUCAGAUGUGUGCAAUAGAUUAUGAAGAACCAAUGGCUAUGGACUAUAGUUGUCAACAAAAAUCCUUACCCCACAGAGCAACUCCACCCAGUGGGGCAACCACACUACAGGGAGCUACCCCUCUUCCGGGGCCAUCCACAUCACAUGUCAGUCGACCGGAUCAAGAAGGUCACAACAUAAUGCAGGGUUUAAUUAAAGAUAUCUCCGGGCUCAAUAAAAUGCUUAUGAAAACCAAACGCGAAAUGGAGGCUUUCAGACGGAAUCGAGGUUUUACUCCGUUACAAAAUAGAAAUUGGCAACAAUGAAGAAAUUCCAGAUGAAAAUUUGUCUGUGUUUUUCAAACAGAAGUGUGGAAUUGUACUGUAGAAACAGAACAGUGGUUCCAAGUUUACAGGUACCAAAAAAGAACCUCAGAGGGUACUAAAGUAACACUUAUCGUUCAAUUUCUCACAGAAUCAAUGUUUUUGUUAUUUAUGUAUUUAAUUAUGUUUUAAUGUAAUUGUUACAUUUAUUAUAAAUUAUUGAGACAGUCA